UCCCUAAUGGAUGACGCACAAUGCGGCGCGGCCUGCUGGCGUCACGCGUUGCUAGGUUGACUGCCUGGGAAGUGGCGACCCCGCAGCUGCCUACGGGCCGCGGAGAACGGGACGGACGGACGGACGGCGGCGAAGAAGCCGAUUACCGUGCUCGGCGGGGCCGCGAGGGACCCGUCCUGCUCGCCCGCCCUUGCCGCCUUCUGCCCGGCGGGGCCUUCCCCACCGGAGCCGCCCCGGGACGCCCGCGGGCCUCGGGCUCCGGAUCCCUUGGUGGGCCCGCCUCGGCCGCGCCUUCGCUUCCCUCCGCCGCUCGGCUUGGGCCCGGGAGGCUCCGCGCUCGCCUUGGUUCCCAGCCCCCCAUGGAGCUCGCUGGCUUGGCGGGGAAAUGACCGACCAGGAGAACAACAACCGGAGCAGCAUCUCCAGGAACCCCUUCGCCGCCCUCUUCGGCUCAGUCGCCGACGCCAAGCACUUCGCCGACCUCCAGAAGCAGCCGCCGCCGCAGCAGCCACAGGCCCAGCCCGCUGUGGAGGAGACCUCAGCCAGCCAAGAUGAUUCGGAUAACAGCGUGUCUGAGAGCCUGGACGACUGUGACUACUCGGUGGCUGAAAUCAGCCGCUCCUUCCGCUCACAGCAGGAGCUCUGUGAGCAGCUCAACAUCAACCACAUGAUCCAGAGAAUCUUCCUGAUCACUCUCGACAACAGUGACCCCAGUCUGAAAAGUGGCAAUGGGAUUCCUGCCCGCUGUGUGUACUUGGAAGAGAUGGCAGCAGAUCUGGAGGACCAGGACUGGCUGGACAUGGAGAACGUGGAACAGGCACUUUUCACCCGACUGCUGCUCCCAGAACCUGGAAAUCACCUGAUCCAUAUGACCUCAGCUAGCAUCCAGAAUCUCUCAGCUGAAAGAGAUGCAGGCGAGAAGCACAUUCUUCGCUACCUCUUUGCUUGCUUCCAGAGGGCCAAGGAGGAGAUCACCAAAGUGCCAGAGAAUCUAUUGCCUUUUGCCGUGUGCUGCCGGAAUCUGACAGUGUCUAACACCCGCACGGUCUUCCUCACGCCAGAAAUUUAUGUCAACCAGAAUGUCUAUGAGCAGCUUGUGGACUUGAUGCUGGAGUCCCUGAGAGGAGCACACUUUGAAGAGGUGACAGAGUUCCUGGAGGAGGUCAUUGAGGUCAUCACUGCAGAUGAGGAAGUGCGGACCUUUGAAGAGGUCAUGCUGCCUGUUUUUGACAUCCUCUUGGGACGGAUCCGAGAGCUGCACCUUUGCCAGAUCCUGCUGUACUCCUACCUGGACAUGCUCCUGUACUUCACCCGGCAGAAAGAUAUAGCCACAGUCUUUGUUGAGUACAUCCAGCCAAAGGACCCUGCCAAUGGGCAGCUCUAUCAGAAGACUCUGCUGGGAGCUAUUCUCAGCAUCUCAUGCUUGCUGAAGACCCCAGGGGUGGUGGAGAACCAUGGCUACUUUCUGAAUCCCUCUCGGUCCAGCCCUCAGGAGAUCAAGGUGCAGGAAUCCAACAUCCACCAGUUCAUGGCCCAGUUCCAUGAGAAGAUCUACCAGAUGCUGAAGAACCUGCUGCAGUUGUCUCCACAAACCAAACACCGGAUCUUGUCCUGGCUUGGGAACUGUCUCCAUGCCAACGCGGGCCGCACCAAGAUCUGGGCCAACCAGAUGCCCGAGAUCUUCUUCCAGAUGUAUGCCUCAGAUGCCUUUUUCCUGAACUUGGGGGCUGCCCUCCUCCGGCUCUGCCAGCCCUUCUGUAAGCCCCGUUCCCCCCGGCUCCUCACCUUUGACCCCACCUACUGUGCUUUGAAAGAGCUGAAUGAGGAAGAGCAGAAGUGCAGAAAUGUCCAUAUCAAGGGUUUAGAGAAAGAGACCUGCUUGAUCCCAGCCAUGCCCGAGCAGGAGCCGGAAUUUGCUCCUAGCUACAACCUGGUGACGGAGAACUUAGUGCUGACGCAAUACACUCUCCAUUUAGGAUUUCACAGGUUGCACGACCAGAUGAUCAAGCUCAACCAAAGCCUUCACCGCCUGCAGGUGGCCUGGCAUGAGGCUCAGCAGACCUCCAGCCCCUCUGCUGACAACCUCCGGGAGCAGUUUGAGCGCCUGAUGACCAUCUAUCUCUCCACUAAGGCGGCCAUGACGGAGCCACAGAUGCUGCAGAACUGCCUCCACCUGCAGGUCUCCAUGGCAGUGCUUCUGGUCCAGCUGGCCAUUGGGAACCAAGGCACCGAGCUGGAAGAGCUGACCUUCCCUCUGCCAGAAGUGAAUCACAGUUCCCUGGCCUACGUCCCAGAAUUUUUUGCUGACAACCUGGGUGACUUCUUUAUUUUCCUGCGCCGCUUUGCUGAUGACCUGCUGGAGACUUCAGCCGACGCUUUGGAGCAUGUUCUUCAUUUUGUGACUGUCUUUAUGGGGGAUGUAGACAGGAUGAAGAAUCCCCAUUUGCGCGCCAAGCUGGCAGAGGUUUUGGAGGCUGUCAUGCCUCAUAUGGACCAGGAACAGAACCCAUUGGUCUCGAGCAUCUUCCACCGCAAGAGAGUUUUCUGCUCCUACAAGCAUGCAGCUUUUCUUGCUGAAGCACUGAUCAAGGUCUUUGUAGACAUAGAGUUCACAGGGGAUCCUCACCAGUUUGAGCAGAAAUUCAACUACCGCAGGCCUAUGUACCCCAUCCUUAGGUACAUGUGGGAUACCGAUUCCUAUCGAGAAAGCAUUAAGGCCCUGGCAAACUACGCCUCAGAGAACUUGGAAGCCAUGACACCUCCACUCUUCUUGCGUUUUCUUAACCUGCUCAUGAAUGAUGCCAUUUUCUUGCUGGAUGAGGCGAUACAGUACCUGAGCAAGAUCAAGAUCCAGCAGAUUGAGAAGGACCGGGGUGAAUGGGACAACCUGUCCCCAGAGGCACGGCGUGAGAAGGAAGCUAGCCUGCAAAUGUUUGGGCAGCUGGCUCGCUUCCACAACAUUAUGUCCAACGAGACCAUUGGGACCCUGGCCUUCCUGACCUCAGAGAUCAAGUCCCUCUUUGUCCAUCCCUUCCUGGCUGAGCGCAUCAUCUCCAUGCUCAACUACUUCCUGCAACACCUGGUGGGACCCAAAAUGGGGGCCUUGAAGGUCAAGGACUUCAGCGAGUUUGACUUUAAGCCCCAGCAACUUGUGUCUGACAUCUGCACCAUCUAUUUGAAUCUGGGAGAUGAGGAAAACUUCUGUGCCACAGUUCCCAAGGAUGGACGGUCCUAUUCCCCCACGCUUUUUGCCCAGACAGUCCGCGUCCUGAAGAAGAUCAACAAGCCAGGAGACGUGAUUGUGGCCUUUAGCCAGCUGGCAGAGCGGAUCAAGUCCCUCGCUGAUCGCCAGCAUCAGGAAGAGGAGACCUACGCGGAUGCCUGCGAUGAGUUCCUGGACCCUAUUAUGAGCACACUGAUGAUGGACCCAGUGCUGCUGCCCUCCUCUCGGGUCACUGUGGAUCGAUCAACCAUUGCCAGGCACCUUUUGAGUGACCAGACAGACCCCUUCAACCGCAGCCCUCUCACCAUGGACCAGAUCAGACCAAAUACUGAACUGAAGGAGAGGAUCCAGCAGUGGCUGGCAGAGAGGAAGAAAGAGAAGGAGCAGGCGGGAGGAGUUUUGUGACUUGGCCCCGCCAAAGAGGCUGAGUGCUCCCAGCUGGGCUUCUGCAGUCUUGAGCCAGGCUGCCCCCACUUCUCUCUCUUUCCCCUACGGUGGAACUUGGGACAGAGGCCUCCUGGGCCGCUCUUCCACCUUUUCUUUGCCUUGGGGUACCUGCCACCGUCCGUAGCUGCUCCCUGGCCUCUUUGGUGUGCCCAGUGUCUUGGCCCAGUGGCAGUGCCCCCCCAAUCAACCCCUGUCCAGAUUGGUCCCCCUCUGCGGUCAUUGCUGCUGCAGUGAAUGUGCAGGACCUCCAGCAGACAGGCCUGCCUUGAUGCAAAGCCAUCCUGACAACGUUGGUGAGGAUGUGGACUGCCCAGGAGCCUGGGUGGCGGUGGUAGCAGCCCCCACAAGCAGCCCUUAAGUAGAAGCUGCUGCUCCCUGAGGGCGGGGCAGAUGUGUGCCAUAGCAGCCUCCCCCCACCCGCCACUUCUAGAGCCUGGGCUUAAUGUAGCCCACUUGUCAGCCUCUGCUCAUCCUCCUUCACACGGUGGCUUGGAGGCCUUCCAAGGCAGCAAACAGCACAGUGGACGUGUUUAUGCGCUCUCGACACCCUGCCUGCAAUUCGUUGCAUGCCCCUAUGUAUGCAGUGUGUGUGGAGUGCGAAUUUGCCUUUAGAUCAAUAAAAGCGUCCAGUGGCUCCCCUG